CUCUCGGCCUGUACGAUAUGCUCUUCGAAGCAAUAUUUUUCCAUUUUCUCUCUUUGCUUCAAUUUACUCCAUAUAUUUUAUUGGUGUUGUUGAGUAUAAACGUUGCAUUUUAAAAAGGGUAGCUUAUUGUUAGCUAGUUUAAAUAGCCCCGCCCCCCAAACUCCUCCUGAUCACUUUCCAAUACCCGGCCGGACUACGUAACUCUCUCUCUCUCUCUCUCUCUCUCUCUCUCUCUGUGCGUGUGCUGUGGGGUUUAAAGAAACGUCGAUAAGUGAUUCAAUGGAAAUAUAUUCCCCUGAAGCUUCUUCGUGUGCUGUGGGGUUUAAAGAAACGUCGAUAAGGGAUUCAAUUGAAAUAUAUUCCCCCGAAGCUAACCACAGGAUGGACGAAUCCUCUCCCACACCACUCGUAGCGGAAAAACGCAACAACGUAAUGCAACGACACGACUCCUUGGACAUGGAGUCCAACAAAUUCAACAGCCACCACGGCCACCAGAAUGCAGGGUGGUCGAUGAUACUGCACCUGGCGUUUCAGAGCAUCGGAGUAGUGUACGGGGACAUCGGAACGUCGCCGCUGUACGUCUACUCCUCCACCUUCACCAACGGCAUACAAGACAACGAUGACAUUCUGGGCGUUCUCUCUCUCAUCAUAUACACCAUCACCUUGAUUACUCUUAUCAAAUACGUCUUCAUUGUCUUACGUGCAAAUGACAACGGCGAUGGUGGGACAUUUGCAUUGUACUCGUUAAUAUGUCGGCAUGUGAAGGUGAGUUUAACCCCAAAUCAAGAAGCGGAAGACGGAGAAGUUUCCAAUUAUCAACUCGAGUUGGCCAGCAACCGCUUGAAACGGGCCUCAAGGCUCAAGUCGAGGCUUGAGAACAGCCAAUUUGCCAAGUAUUUGUUGCUCUUCGUCGCAAUGUUGGGCACUUCCAUGGUUAUUGGAGAUGGUGUCCUAACCCCUUCCAUCUCAGUUCUAUCGGCUGUGGGUGGACUCCAAGAAGCUACAUCUUCCAUUACUCAAGGGAAGAUUGUUUGGAUAUCGGUUGCCAUCUUAAUCGCCCUAUUCUGCUUUCAAAGGUUUGGAACUGAUAAAGUCGGCUAUACCUUCGCUCCCAUAAUUACUGUUUGGUUCCUAAUGAUUGGUGGAAUUGGGCUCUACAAUUUCAUCAAGUUCGAUCCAACCGUAAUAAAAGCAUUGUAUCCAAAGUACAUCAUCGACUAUUUCAGGAGAAACAAAAAGGAUGCAUGGAUUUCCCUUGGUGGCGUUGUCCUUGCCAUAACAGGAACCGAGGCAAUGUUUGCGGAUCUUGGGCAUUUCAAUGUUCGAUCCAUACAAAUAAGCAUGUGCUCUUUGACAUAUCCAGCCCUCAUGUUAGCCUACACCGGACAAGCCGCCUUCCUUAGAAAGAACAAUGAUUUGGUUUCAAACACUUUCUAUAAAUCUAUUCCACAUGGUAUCUAUUGGCCAAUGUUUGUGGUGGCCGUUAUGGCAGCAAUCAUAGCAAGUCAAGCGAUGAUUUCGGGUGCUUUCUCGAUCAUUCAGCAGUCCCUGGCACUAGGGUGCUUUCCUCGAGUGCAAGUCAUUCACACCUCAACCAAGUAUGAAGGACAAGUUUACAUACCUGAGGUCAAUUACAUUCUCAUGGUGGCUUGUGUUGCAGUCACUGCUGGAUUCAAAACCACAACCAAUAUAGGAAACGCUUAUGGGAUCGCGGUGGUGUUUGUGAUGACGAUUACAUCUGCAUUCCUUGUUCUCGUUAUGAUCAUGAUAUGGAAAACCCACAUUCUUCUCGUACUCCUGUACAUUUCGAUCAUUUGCUCCGUGGAGCUCGUCUACUUAUCUUCUGUCCUCUACAAAUUCAAGCAAGGGGGGUACCUACCCUUGGCCUUCGCCGCCUUCUUAAUGAUGGUAAUGUUCAUUUGGAACAGUGUUCACAGAAGGAAGUACUACUACGAGCUAGAUCGCAAGGUUUCCCCUGAGGAGGUAAAGGAAAUCGUUAACAGAGAAAACGUUUGCCGAGUUCAAGGGCUUGCAAUCUUCUACUCAGAGCUUGUUAUUGGAAUCCCGCCCAUAUUCAAACAUUAUGUGGAUAACGUGCCCGCACUCCACUCCGUCCUUAUUUUUCUCUCUAUGAAAUCUCUACCCAUAAGUAAGGUCCCAAUGGAAGAGCGAUUCCUCUUCCGUAGAGUACAACCGAAUGAGCUAAACAUUUUCCGAUGCGUCGCGAGAUACGGGUACACAGAUGCUCAGAAUGAACAAGACUCCUUUGAGAGAAACCUGGUCGAAAGGCUAAAGGAGUACAUAAGAGCUAAUUCUCUUUCUUCGUCAGCGGGGAGGGAAAUCGAAGAGGUUGACAGAGCAUGGCGAGCGGGAGUUGUUCACUUGGUGGGUGAGAAUGCGGUGAUUGCAAGAAAAGGAGCCAAUAUAGGGAAGAAGUUCUUGAUUAAUGGCGCUUACAGUUUCAUAAGAAAGAAUUUGAGGCAAAUCGAGAACUUUUUUGAUAUUCCUCAGGAACGCUUGCUGAAGGUUGGAAUGACAUAUGAGCUUUAGAUCGAACAUCAAGAAAGUCUGGAUAUGUGAUCGCUAAACAACUACGUACGGUAGCGUUGUCGGGUUUCUUCUAUUUGGUUCGAUUUCCAACAGGAUGAAAUACAUGUUCCCAAUGUUGCCAAAAGUACAAUGUUUCCGUUAUGCGUAUAUAUAUGUAUGUGCACGUAAAUUCAUUAUGCAAUUGCAAGUGUUAAAUGUUGUGUUGAGUUGAUUGAGUGACGUACUUGUAAUGUGAAAUGUGAAGUCUUUAAUUUGUUCAAUUCUAGUUCAAUGGAAAACUCUAACAAA